UAUCUGUUUUAGAGACCAGAGCGAUCUCCAAAGGCCUCCAGAGAUGGAUUACCGAACUUUCCUUUUUGUUAUUCUUCGUGUGUACAAAGCCCUAGGUGAGGAGAUCAUGUGGGAUACAACUGUGAAGUUUGCAGAGAACAUGACUCUCCAUUGUGUGUAUCCGUCGACGGACACUUUAACCCAAAUGGAAUGGUUCCGGAUCCAGUCAGUGAAGAAAGAGUCCAUGGCGAUUUUCAACCCUACAUAUGGCGCCCUCAUCAGAGAGCCCUAUGAAAAUAAACUCUACUUCUUAAAUUCCACCAUGACUCCCAACGAUAUGACCCUUGCCUUUUAUAAUGCUUCCGAAGCUGAUCUUGGGUUUUACUCCUGCUUCCUCUACAUGUUCCCAUCUGGACCUUGGGAAAAGGUGCUGCGAGUGGUUCACUCAGAUCACUUUGAGGCAGCUGUGCCACCCAAUGAGAAUCUGGUCACUACACCUGGAGAAAACAUCACCCUUGCUUGUCAGCACCAGAGUAGGCAGCCCAUGCAACUCGUGAUGUGGGAAAAGAUCCAGCCCCAUCAGAUCGAUCGCCUUGUGAUCUGCAACUUGUCCCAAGGAAAAAGCUACAUUUCAAACCAUCAGAGACAAAUACUGACCAGCUGCAGCCAGGGAAUGAGAAGGAGCCUCCUUGUCAUCCCCCACGUAGAUGCCUCCGAUUCGGGACUGUAUCGGUGCUGCUUCAGGAACAGCACAGGGGAGGAGGACACCUUUGUGGUUCAGCUGACCGUGGCCCAUGGUCAAACCAAUAACCAACACAUCCACUUCUUGGCCGGAGGGGCAGUUGUCCUGUUGCUGUUGGCUACCCCCCUUGCUGUCACCACUGCUGUUUACUGUAAAAGGUGA